CAGCACAUAUCUCCAUGUCCACAGGAGUCGUCAAUAACAACACAAACUAAAAGUUCCUCACAGGAGCUUUAAAGUGAACACCAGUUUAUUUGCACAAUAUUGCCUAUAUGUGAUUAUUUCAAUCUGUCAUGGCUGAAAAGAUUGAUUGUAAGCAGGCUUUCCUUGCGUAUUUCAGAAGAAGUUUGAAGUUUUUAGUUUGAAUUUUUGAUUUUAUUAUUGUGUCAUACGGGGCUUACAUGACACCAUGAGUUUAACAAUAUGUCACAAUAGGACAUAGAUUAAGAACUAUAGAGAAAUGACUUUUUUUAAAGGCCUCAUCUGCAGCGUGCUGCUAACAGUCUUGUCUGACAACUACCCGCAGGAGGGGCGACAGGCACAGGCCCGCACGCAGAAAUGGCCGAGCCCAUGAAAGGCCCGGUGAAUGGGCCCUUCUAGGAUAUGAUUUCUUUUAAUGUAUUCAUAUUCACUUUACGAAGAGGGGCUUUUCAUUGAAACAGGCUGGAAAUAAUUGAAGCAACACUAAAUAAAACUUGUUUUGUUGCUUUAAAAGGUAAAAAUUAGUAUUUAGGUGUACAAUUAUAUUUGGUCAUUGUAGCUUUAAAUUAGGAUGGACCAUGUUUUUUUUUUGCUAACCUCCAUGGGCACUCUCCAUGGACUCGGCCCGAGAAGCUUUCCAGUUUAUCCCCCCUUAUUUGUAUUAUUGAAUCACUGAAUGAACCUGUAUUAGUUUCAGUCUGUUUCAUAACCAAGAUGCAUUUUUUACAAAGAGACUUCUCUUUGUUGUUUCUGUUCAAAUACCCUCCUUCCAUCAUGUUUGACAUUGUAGUAAUAUUAGACUUGGUCUAGUGGCAUCAUACAGACAGUGGUCUACUUCAGCAUACCUGAACAAUAUUUCCUGUGGCUUGUCUUCAUUCUAGCGUGGGCGUACGAGUACAUUAAUUACGUUGGCGUGGAGCACAAAAAUCCCCCACAGUCUAAAGUAACUUGUGACUCUCCGGGUUUAUUCUGCGCUCCGCGACGGCGUGGGCAGCACUUUAACAACCAGCGCUUAUGUCAGGCCAUUUCUUGUAAAUGCCCACAGUUAGAAGAACAGCGCUUCUAAAUGGGCCGGCACAAUAAAGCUUCAGCGCCGUCAUUGGUCAGAUGGAGGCGGAGCUGUCCAAUCACAUAUCAGAUAGUUCAUUCAUAACAGUGAGCACUGUGGGUUUGAUAGGCAUGUGUCGGGGACAAGUGAUCUCACUUGAGUAAAUCUGACAGUGAGCCAUCGGUCAUCUUCGCAAACUUAAGGUACAGGUGAACGAUCCUUAAACAACCUUCCUUGGUCAAGAUGUCAAACUCUGGAGGGCGCAGACUGAAGCAGUGGCUGGUUGAGCAGAUCGAGAGCGCGCAGUACUCUGGGCUGCAGUGGGAGGAUGAGACACGCACUUUGUUCCGAAUUCCAUGGAAACACGCAGGAAAACAGGAUUACAACCAAGAAGUGGACGCAUCCAUUUUCAAGGCCUGGGCUUUGUUCAAAGGCAAGUUUAAGGAGGGGGACAAGGCUGAGCCUGCAACAUGGAAGACCCGGCUUCGCUGUGCCCUGAAUAAAAGCCCUGACUUUGAGGAGGUGACUGAAAGGUCACAGCUGGACAUCUCCGAGCCUUACAAAGUCUACCGUAUUGUACCCGAGGAAGAGCAGAAGCAUGGCAAAAGCUCAAUGAUGGCCAUAGCAACUUCAAGCUCUGGUGAUAUCACAGACAUGGACUGCAGCCCUGCAGCAAUAGAGGAAUUCAUUAAAGAGGAGGAAGGCUGUAGUAUCCAGGCCAGUCCAGAGUAUUGGUCCCAGGGCAGCAUGAACGCUUUCCCACUGCAACAGGACCCUCUGCCAUCAGGUGCUGUCGGCUCAGCUUUCUCCCAAAUGAUGAUCAAUUUCUACUACGGAGGAAAGCUGAUGCACACACACAUGGUUACCCAUCCUGAAGGCUGCAGGAUCUCCCCACAGCAGCACCUGGGCCGAGGCGCACUUUACAGUUCAGACAGCAUGCAAAGUGUUUAUUUUCCCCACGCUGAGCUCAUUGAGUUCGACCGCCAGCGGCAUGUCACACGUAAGCUCUUGGGCCACCUGGAGAGAGGUGUGCUGGUCCGAGCCAACCAAGAAGGCAUCUUCAUCAAGAGGCUGUGCCAGAGCCGGGUCUUCUGGAGCGGGCUUGGAGAAAUAGGCUCACAAUACGGCCCCAUGUCAUCUAAGCUGGAAAGGGAUGCUGUCGUAAAGAUUUUUGACACUGGGAGGUUUCUACAAGCUCUUCAGCUGUACCAGGAGGGUCAGUUUUCUGCUCCAGAUCCGACAGUGACUCUUUGUUUUGGAGAGGAGCUCCAUGAUCUCAACAAUGCAAAGAGCAAACUGAUCAUUGUGCAGAUCACUGUAGUGCACUGUCAGCACCUGCUAGAUACAGUGAACAUGAGGCGUCCUCAGCCCUUCUCCAACAACCUGAACCUGGAGAUGUCUGAUAGUGCAGCGACUGAUCAGAUGGCUCGCAUCUACCAGGACUUGUGCAGCUAUAGCGCCCCCCAGAGGCCAGCCUGCUACAGGGACAACAUGCCCAUCACUGCCUGAACUGUGAGCAGAUACACACCUGCCAGGAGCUCUGAAGACUGAAUGUACGAUAUAUGAAGGCUAUUUUUUUAAUUCUCCUGACAUACAUUGACACAGCUGACCCAGAUGAAAAAGUAUCAAGUUUCACAUUGACUUAGAGUCAUAGCGAUCAAAUAUGAGCCAGUAACGGCUUUAAGAUGCAGCUAUUUAUUAGGAUGCCUCUAUAUUUUGUGUGUCAGUAAAUCAAUUUUAUUUUAAAGGGAUUGCUGUUGAUUAUGUUUGGGAAUAAGUCUGUGGCCUCGUGCCUAUGAUAUAAUCAGACCAGUGCUGAUAUUCAGUACAAAAUUUCAACCUCAGUGUGAUCUUUUUAUACAAAGGUUCUACAGGCAGCAUAAAGAAAAUGUAAUAAGUAACAACAUAUCAUUAUAAUAUUGUGAAUUCAAACUAUAAUUUUACUCCACCUACACAACCAGUUCCUCAACUUCACCAAAACUAGACAAACCAAACCUUUUCCUGCGUUUGUUUUUACCACAUAAUUCAGCAAACAAGCUUCUUCAGAUUUUGUGCAUAUAUCUGAAUGUUUCCAUUUAUCGUGCAUCCGAGAAAUAAGAGUCUUACGUGACUUCACUGCCAGAGGUGAUUCAGAGGUACAGUCCAAGCUUAAUCAAUCAAAGAAAAAGUCAGUCUGUUGUAAAGUUAGAUAACUCCAAACCUGAGGUGGAGUAGUAACAUAGGAAAAAAAGUCCUUGUACUGUUGUACUCUUAACAGCACUCAUCGAGUGGCUCUUGUCUAAUCAGAUUCCUCGGUCAGAAGGAACUGUAUGAUAGUGUUUAUAGAUACCUAAAGCCGAUACAGACUCUGUGUCUCACCUUUGCUUUAUUAUUUUAGACAGUUUUCAUGCAAUGAGUGUUGCAAAGCUUAAAGAACAGAUUCAUUUCAUUUGACUUUAUCAAACAAAUAUCUGUAAUAUAUAUCCUCUGCUUCUCAUACACAUGUUGGUACGACAACAGUUUUGAUAUGAUAAAUUCAGUUCUCAUUUCUUAAUUAUAUUUUGACACAUGUGACUUUUCUUGUUUUUGAGUUUCUUCCUUAUGUGAAACAGUUUUGGAUAAACACACCUAACUGAUGUUUUGUAAGAUAUUUUUAUACUUUUUUCAGUGGAAAAAAAUCAGCUGUUGUAGGUUGCAUGGCAGAUUCAAUGUGGCAUUGUAUUACAGAUAGGUUUUACUAUCUGGACUGUUUGAGUGGACCAUCAUUUCUUCAUUUUCUAUAAACUGUAUUUCAAGUAAAACAAAGUUUUUACUUAA